GUCGCAAAAGUCAUCUUUGAAUAUCAUUCGGUUCUUAAAGUAAUCACGAACUCCACUUUGCAAAUCAGACUUAACGAGAAUGACCUGCUGAACGUUCUCCAGGUACAGACAUGGGAUUUUUUUCUGUGCAAGCGGCCCUGUUCGUAGCAGUUAUUAUUGUUGGACAUAUAUCGGCAAAGACCACCCAGUUUCCAAAAUACCAGUACACGAAGAAGCCCUUUCAAGAGGUCCAUCAGACCACAACUACCUUCUCCAGCACAACGACAGAGGAGACAACGGACGGCACUGAAACCUCUUCUUCAGCUGCCACUGACAGCACCACGUUCCCCAACACCGUGCAGCACACCUUCAGGACCAUAACAACACCACCUCCCAGUGGGGAACAUGAAAACUUCACCCUCGAUUAUAAUGAGUGCUUCUUCAAUUUCUGCGAGUGCUGUCCCCCUGAACAAGGGCCAAAAGGACAGAAAGGUGACAGAGGGCUUCCAGGUCCCAGAGGAGAAAGAGGGGAGCAGGGACUAAGAGGGUUGCAAGGGGCAGCAGGACCUGCUGGGUUAAAUGGGCUACAGGGAGGGAAAGGAGACAAAGGUGACCAAGGAGACAAUGGAAUGAGUGGAAUCCCAGGCAUUCCUGGAAAGCAAGGACCUAAAGGUGAUUUCGGAUCAAAAGGAGAGAAGGGAAAUAUUGGUUUCACGGGGCCUCCAGGUGACAGAGGAGGGAAAGGGGAUCCUUGUGAGAAUGGCACGAAAGGAGAGAGAGGUGAAGGGGGGCCUCCGGGUGUACAGGGGUUAAGUGGAAAGAAGGGGGAUACAGGAGAGAAAGGGGAGAUGGGAGACAAAGGGGAAUCUGGGGCACUAGGGGAAAAAGGGGGUAAAGGCGAGAAGGGGGAAGAGGCUAUGAAAGGUGAAAAGGGAGAUAACGGGGAUCCUGGCAUCAGUGGUGCCAAUGGUGCCAAUGGGUUGGAAGGAGUAAAAGGAGAACCUGGAGCAAGUGGAGAUAAAGGCAACCCUGGCACUGCAGGCUUACCAGGACCAGCAGGGACAAGGGGGAACAGUGGACCAAAAGGUGACAGGGGACAUCCAGGGAUGAAAGGGGACCGUGGGCAAAGAGGAUUUAAAGGAGCCAGGGGUGACAGCCUGGUACUCAAACGAUCUAGCUUCAGCGUUGGCCUGUCACCCAGUAAAUCGUUCCCUACAUCUGGUUUCCCUGUCAAAUUCGAUAAGAUCUUCUACAAUGGGGAGAAUCAUUAUGACGCAAGCAUCGGUAAAUUCAACUGCAGCAUUGCGGGGGUGUAUGUUUUCACCUACCAUGUGACUGUAAGAAACAGGCCUCUUCGGCUGGUGCUGGUCGUUGAUGGCUCCAGAAAGCUCAGAAGUAGGGAUUCAUUGUACGGACAGGAUAUUGACCAAGCUUCUAACUUUAUCCUCUUGAAGUUAAAUCAGGGUGACCAAGUGUGGCUGGAAACCCUGCGAGACUGGAAUGGGGUGUAUGCUAGCAAUGAAGACGACAGCACCUUUUCAGGAUUUUUAUUAUAUUCAGAUGAGGUUUGAUUUGUGCCAUUUCCAACUCUCUUUGACUUCCGUAAUUGACAGAAGUAUUGAAAAAGGGAUAGCAUAUAAUUUAAAGAUAUGUGUAAUUACUUAACACAGUAUCAGUAAAACACAGUUAACACAUUUCUUUCUUGGGAUUAAAACAAACUGAUUGAGGGAGUUAAGAAGGAAGUAUUAUAUUUAAAUGAAGUAGUGUAUACAAAUAAAUAUUUUCAGUACCCUUGUAUCUCCUCAUAUGCAUUUAUUCAAAUUGUAAAUGAUUAAUACACAAUGUUGUUAAUUAUCUUAUUAACUGCUUUGUGCUUUUAAUUAUUAGAAACACGUGAAAUAAAAUGAAGCAGUAAUUCCAGACUUGUGCAUUGCUUUUUUUUUUUUUAAAUAGAAAGAACAUUUCAAGCAUCUAGAAACCUAAUAUUCAUAUGUAAUGUAUAUCACUGGUUCUGAUAAUGAUAUUACUGGACAAUAAUGACCUCAGUGUUGUAUCCUGAAGUAAAAACUGAGCAUGCCUCUCGGUAGAUUGAAAACAAUCAGGAGCCCAGUUCUAGAGGGGAACUUUUAUUUGGAUACACCUCAGCAGGAAAUAGUUUAGCUGUAAAACUCUCCCAGUUCCCAAGCUCCUGCUUAUACUAUGCAUGUGGGUUAAAUGAUUGUUAUGGUGAAAAAGAUAUUGCAGAGUUCAGUACCGCUGUCAUUUAGAUUUUUUGUUCUGAUUGCAGAUAGAGCUCUUGCUAGUAACAGUGAGCAAAUUUUUUGUUCUGAUUGUAGAUAGAGCUCUUGCUAGUAACAGUGAGCAAAUUAUACAGUUGCACU